AUGAUGAAUGUCACACAGACUCAAAGCUCCAGCAUGAACCAGAGAGGUCAAACUCUCUUCCCCUCCCUUCCGUUUCGAAGCGAAUCGUGCUUGGUGAUGCUGUCUGCAACGUGGGAGGCCCUGCUGACCACCCUGACCUCAGGGGGGAGAAGGACUUGUUCAGCAAAGCCCCAGAGCUUGGCAGUGAGAGCACCCCUGAGCUCCGGCACCGCAGCAGGGGGGAGCUGCCGUCUGAAGCUGCUCCACGGCCACCUAGGCACGGGUUAGAGCAGUACCUGUCCAGAUUUGAUGAAGCUCUGAAGCUGAGGAACCAGCUGAUGCACGAGAAGUCCAGCCAGGAGAAUGGGGGUGCAGCAGAAGAGUUUGACUCUUUCAGGGUGUUCAGGCUGGUGGGAUGUGCUCUGCUCGCCGUCGCCGUCAGGGCCUUUAUCUGCAAGUACUUGUCAAUAUUUGCACCAUUUCUUACUCUACAACUUGCUUACAUGGGACUAUCCAAAUACUUCCAAAGAUAUCCAGCAAAUGCCAUCAAAUUACCAACAUUUUCAGCUGCUGUCACCUUUUCCUGCCUGUCAGACUUUGCAGCCUCAAGAUUCCUCAUUUUAAAGACAGAAGAAACAGCUUUCAAAAGGUGUGAGAAGAAGGUGAAAACAACGGUGUUAACUGCAGCUCUUUUGCUGUCUGGAAUCCCUGCAGAAGUGAUCAGUCGUUCCAUGGACACCUACAGCAAGAUGGGAGAUGUUUUCACAGACCUUUGUGUCUAUUUCUUUACUUUUAUCUUCUGCCAUGAACUUUUCCUGUUCUUUGGCUCUGAAGUACCCUGA